AUGGCUUUCAAGACUCCACUUAGGAUAAGUCCUUACAGGAUAGUCUUUGGGAAAGCAUGCCAGUUACCAAUGGAAUUGGAGUAUCGGGCAUAUUGGGCUAUAAAGAGAUUGAACCUUGACAUGGACAAGGUUGGAGAAGAACAGAAAUUGCAACUGAAUGAGCUGGAUGAGCUUAGGAAUGAAGCAUAUGAGAACAUGAAGAUCUACAAGGAAAGAACUAAGUUUUACCAUGACAAAGUAAUACAGCGGAAAGAGUUCCAUCUAGGUAUGAAAGUGUUGCUUUAUGACUCACGAUUGUGUCUUUUUCCAAGGAAUUUGAGAUCAAAAUGGAUAUGGCCAUUUAAAGUUCGUCAAGUGUUCCCUCAUGGAGCGGUGGAGAUAGAAAACUUGAAGACAGGAAACCGAUUCAAAGUUAAUGCACACCGGCCGAAGGCUUACUUGGACAAUUUUUCUCCAAACAAGGAGGUUGUGUUCCUCAACAACUCAGAAUAA